UUUUUCUCUCUUCUCACCACAAAUUUCUCUCUCUAAAACAUACCAAAUCGUAUAUAUUAUAUUGACAAUACAUAUAUACACACGCAUUUGUCAAUCAUUUAAGCUGCUGACUCUCAAGUCUCAACAUAACACUUUCUCUCUCCACCUCUCUCUAGGGUUUGUGAGCGGUGAAAGGAUAUCGCUGGAUCACGUAUCUUAUGUGCUGUUACUCUCCAUCACAUUUGUUUCAACGUUUGUUGAUGUAAGCUACAAUUAGUAGCAGUUUCUUUUCACUUCUUUUUGCUGAACGCAAGAAAGAAUGGGUGCUGCCUGUUGUGUUGCUGCUAAGGGUAGAACUGUCACAAAUGGGUCACCCGGUGAUAAUUUGCAGAGGCACACACACUAUUCACCAAGUUGGAGUUUCAGAUGGGAUAACCGUGGAAGAGUUGCUGGUGAAGAGACCCAUUCUAACUGGGCGAAUGAUGAAGUGUGUGGGGAAAAUAGGAUGGGAGUUAAAUUCGGAGCAGCUGUUGAAGCUGCCUUUGCUUCUGAGGAGGGUAGUCCGUUAGACGGGUUUAGGUCAUCAAAUACUUGGCGCAAGUCCGCACAUUCUGAAGGAAAUAGUGGAACACUAAGGCUCCAAUCUUCUGAUCAAGCAAUUCCACAGAAUAUUCCAGAGAUAAACGAGUCCACAGAUUCCCCAUCCAUCUCAUAUUCGCCCCCUCUGAAACUCUCCCCCUCGAUCCCUUCUCUCUCUUCCAAGUCAGCAUCCCCUCUCUCCUCUCGUAACCACAAUCUCCUUUUCCCGCCAAACUCCUCAACCCCUUCCAGAUGGCACUACCACCGUUCUUCCCCGAGACACCCUCUCUUCCGCCAGGUGUCCGACAGCAGAAUUACCAAAUCGCCCUCCUUCUCGAUAUCCGAAGAGCCAGCAGCUCCUUCUUGGGGUAACGACUCUACUCGAGGCUCUCAAGGUGGGUCGUCCGACAGCUGGUCGAUGCCUACACGUCGCGAAAGAUGGUCUUUUGACAGCGAGGGCUCGGGCUUUAGCCGAGACAGAUUCGGAAGGUUCAGUGGGCCCCACUCAGGCCCGACCUCUUUAGACCUUCAAACGUGCGGUAUUUGUACUCAGCUUUUGACCGAAAGGUCUUCACAGAAGCUGAUGAUUUUCUCAAACGAGCUUGCUGUGGUCUCUGUUCUGACCUGCGGUCACGUGUACCACUCGGAUUGCCUAGAGUACAUGACUCCCGAGGUAGAAAAGUACGACCCUGCUUGCCCGGUUUGUACCUUUGGGGAGAAACGAGCCUUGAAGAUGAUGUCCGAGAAGGAUUCUUCGAAGGCUCGGAAAAAAUCGAGGAAAGUACGUGUGGUUGAUAGUGAUCUCAGUGGAGAGAUUGUGUUUGAUCGUUCGAGAAGUGGCUCGACGAGAAAGCCGUUUUUGAGACGGCACUUCUCGUUUGGCGUGAAAAUGAACAGGCAGUUGACUGACCGUCAGUCGAAUCCGAGGAAGGGGUUUUUCUGGGCGAGAUCGAGCAUGGAGUGAGGUUCUGAGAAAAAUGGUGUGGAAAGUGAACAGAGUCACAGAGAUGGUGAUCAGUUCAGAAUCUUCACCAAGAAAAUCGAGUUACCUAGGAAUUAGCUACCUGCAGAAGACAAAAAAACACUGUAAAGAAAGGGAUAAUACUAUAAAUGUUUAAAUUCAUUAUUAUUAUAGAAGGAAAAACUGAACAUGGUAGAAUUAAAAGGAAGAUUGGCUUUGUUUCUGUAAUGGCAAUUUGAUGCAUCUGUUUUCGUGUGUGCAUGUUUUUUUUAUUGAUGCUUAUGAUCUAUUUUUUCUUCAAUGUACUUGGCUGUUCUGUUUGAAGUAGUUUGUGGAAACUUCUAUCUUUAACUAGCUUCAUGUGAAAUUUUAAGAAAAUGUACUGAGUGCUCCAAAAAUUCUGGCUAAUAUCAUAAUAUAAACUUAAACUAGUACAGAGCCCGUGCG